AUGGCCUUUCAAAAAGACGAGGAUCUCUUCUGUGCUGUCUGCCAUCACAUCUUUAAAGAUCCUGUUGUCCUGUCGUGUAGCCACAGCUUCUGUAAAGACUGUGUGAGGAGCUGGUGGAGAGAGAAACAAAAAAGUGAGUGUCCAAUUUGUAAGGAAACAUCUCUACUAAAUGAACCAUCUGUUAAUUUGACAUUAAAGAAUCUGUGUGAGGCGUUUUCACGAGAGAGAGCUCCAGCAGGGUCUGAGUCUCUCUGCAGUCUGCACUUCGAGGAACUGAAACUCUUCUGUCUCGAUCAUCAGGAGCCAGUGUGUCUCAUCUGCAGAGAUUCAAAAACACACACUGACCACAGAUUCAGACCCAUCGAUGAAGCAGCACAGGAUCACAGAGAGGAGCUUCAGAAAUCUCUGAAGUCUUUACAAGAGAAACUGAAGCUCUUUGAACAAGUUAAAGGAAACUUUGAUCAAACAGCAGAACACAUUAAGGUCCAGGCCAAAAACACAGAGAGGGAGAUUAAGGAGCAGUUUAAGAAGCUUCACCAGUUUCUACAAGAGGAAGAGGAGGCCAGGAUCACUGCUCUGAGGGAGGAAGAGGAGCAGAAGAGUCAGAUGAUGAAGGAGAAAAUUGAGGCUCUGAGCAGAGAGAUAGCAGCUCUGUCAAACACAAUCAGAGCCACAGAAAAGGAUCUGAGAGCUGAAGAUGUCUCAUUCCUGCAGAACUACAAGGCUGCAGUCAAAGGAGUCCAGCAGUGUCCCCUGCUGGAUGAUUCAGAGCUGGUCUCAGGAGCUCUGAUAGAUGUGGCCAAACACCUGGACAGCCUGACCUUCAACAUCUGGAACAAGAUGAAGGAGAUGGUCUCCUACACUCCUGUGAUUCUGGAUCCAAACACUGCUCAUCCAGACCUCAUCCUGUCUGAAGAUCUGACCAGUGUGAGAUGUGGAGAGAGACAGAAGCUUCCUGACAAUCCAGAGAGGUUUGUUUUCUACCCCUCUGUCCUGGGCUCUGAGGGAUUUAACUCAGGGACUUACAGCUGGGACGUUGAGGUUGGAGACAACCCAGACUGGACAAUCGGUGUGGCAACAGAGUCUGCUGAGAGGAAGGAGCAACCACAGUCUGGAUUGUGGAGAAUAAUGUUCAGUCAAACUGAAUACACAGCACGCUCCUUACCAGAUUCAACCACUGUUCUGUCAGUGAAGAAGAAGCUCCAGAGGGUCAGAGUUCAUCUGGACUGGAACAGAGGAAAGCUGUCGUUCUAUGAUCCUGAUACUAACACACACAUACACACCUUCAAACACACGUUCACAGAGAGACUGUUUCCAUACUUCAGCAGUGGAAAUGCACUCCCAUUGAAGAUAUUAUCAGUGAAUGACUCUACACAAAGCAAAGUGUCCUAUACAAGUUGGUGGCCUUUUAGAUAAUCUAUUGGCUAAUUCUCAGAUUACAAGAUAUUCAAGCAGAUUUAUGGUCUAUUUAGCCAAACAGUGACUUGGAGGAGAGUUCUGUUUAAAUUAUGUGAGAAUCUGGGCUGUUCAAUAUGAGAUUUGAAUGAUUUACCGCAGAGGUGUCCAAACUGUUCCACAAAGGGCCGUGUGGCUGCAGGUUUUUGUUCCAACCAAGCAGCAGCACACCAGACUUCACUUUACAUUUAAUCAACUGCUCUCAGGCUUCAGACAGUUGAUUGGUCAAACUGUGUGCUCUUCAUUGGUUGGAACAAAAACCUGCAGCCACACGGCCCUUUGUGGAACAGUUUGGACACCCCUGAUUUACUGUGUACAUGAACUUUUAGCCUAUUUUACUCAAAAAAUGAUGUACCAUUUUGAAAUUCAAAUUAAGUAAAUAUCGGUGUUAGGGCAGGCUACAAACUGCUACAGCCCAGAAAAUCACUUUGCUUAACAACAUGUGAUAUGUUUGUUUUGUGGUUUUAUUCAGUGGUUAAUGGUGAGUAAAAAUCACUAAAUUGUGAUGCAUUUUAACUGAUUGCUUUGUAAUCUUAUAUUUGAUUGCAUUUUUUUUUUCAGUUCAAAUGUGUCUGUAUGUAAAGUAACUGGAAACAAAAAUAAAUUGGGUUUUAAACUGACAUAUAACAAAGGCACAAAUCAAACAUGUCACAUGACAGAGUUAAUGUUGUGCCAUCGUAAAUAACAGUCAUCUUUAAUAAACACAAUAAAAUAA